GGCUGGAAGUGUAUUGCGGUGUGAUUAAUCAUCAGUCAAUGACUGUUUUUGUUGUGAAAUCAUUAGCUACUUACACCUCGAGUGUGUGUGUGUGUGUGUGUGUGUGUGUGUGUGUGUGUGUGUGUGUGUGGGAGAGAGAGAGGAUCAUAUUUCUCAAAGGGACUCUUUCAUUAUUGUCGCCCGUCUGUCAGAUGCACAGUGGUUAGACUCACGGUGAAACCCUGAACAUCUUCGCUUAAUCUUUGUUUGUUCUCUGUUUUAUAGUUAUGUAAUGGUCUUUUUUAUGGCCAAAUCUCCUCCUGUGUUUUCAUUUUCUAUUUGGACCUUUACUACAGUAUGCGUUUAAAUGGACGUGAUUGUGAAAGACGAGGAGCAAGUAUUUCAUGUCCGUUCCAGGAUGGAGGCCUCGUGUCUGGAGCUGGCUCUGGAAGGUGAGCGUCUGUGUAAAGUGGGGGAUUACCGUGCAGGCGUGUCUUUUUUUGAGUCUGCCAUCCAGGUGGGCACAGAAGACCUCCAGAUUCUGAGUGCCAUCUACAGUCAGCUGGGCAAUGCCUACUUCCACCUGCACGAAUAUAAUAAAGCCCUGGAAUACCAUCGGCAUGAUCUCACCCUCACCAGAACUAUUGAAGACCAGUUGGGAGAGGCUAAAGCUAGUGGUAACCUUGGAAACACGUUAAAGGUUCUCGGUCGCUAUGACGAAGCAGCGGUUUGUUGCCAAAGACACCUGGACAUUUCCAGAAUGCUCCAUGACAAGGUGGGGCAGGCUCGGGCGCUGUAUAAUUAUGGGAAUGUGUACCACGCCAAAGGGAAGAACAUAUGUUGGAGUGGUAUGGACCCUGGAGAAUUUCCGGAGGAGGCACGCAUCGCUCUAAAGAAAGCAACCGAGUACUACGAAGCGAACCUGACCUUUGUGAAAGAGUUAGGGGACAGAGCGGCACAAGGCAGGACCUACGGUAACCUUGGCAACUCGUAUUACUUGCUCGGAAACUUCCAGGAUGCUGUUCUUGCUCAUGAGCAGCGUCUCCUUAUUGCAAAGGAGUUUGGUGACAGGGCAGCAGAGAGGAGAGCGUACUGCAACCUUGGAAAUGCGUACAUAUUCCUUGGGCAGUUUGAGGUCGCGGCUGAACAUUACAAGCGGACGCUGCAGUUGGCCCGUCAGCUGAAGGACAGAGCGGUGGAAGCACAAGCCUGUUACAGUCUGGGCAACACCUACACUCUCCUGCAGGACUAUGAGAGAGCCAUAGACUACCACCUCAAACAUCUCAUAAUCGCUCAGGACUUAAAGGACAGGAUUGGAGAAGGGAGGGCGUGCUGGAGUUUAGGGAACGCCUACACCGCACUGGGAAACCACGAGCAGGCCAUGAGCUUUGCCGAGAAACAUCUGGAGAUCUCUAAAAAGAUUGGAGACCGCAGUGGGGAGCUGACAGCCAGAAUGAAUGUAUCUGAUUUGCAGCUGGUUUUGGGUCUCAAACAAAACAAUUCAAAUACAAACAGCUCGGCCUUAACUGAGAGUCUCCCCAGUGACAGCAGUCCGACUGGUGGAAGAUCCAAAGGUAGCCGGAGACACAGCAUGGAGAACAUGGAGCUCAUGAAGCUAAGCUCUGACAAAAACAUGGGGCAGGCCUGUGAGGAGAAUACAACCGACCAACAAACCAAAUCACCGACCAAAUCAUCCAUAGCCAAGACGUCCUCCAAGCUUUUCUUCAUCAAUCGCUUCAGAGGGAAAAAACACAAGUUAAAUGGAUCUAAUCCCACUGCCACAGCAGAGAACCACAACAGCAACAUGCCUUCAGCUCCUCUGGAAACGCAGUAUGCACCAGACACUCUGGGUGAUGAUGGCUUUUUCGACCUUCUAAGCCGCUUCCAGGGCAGCCGCAUGGAUGAUCAAAGGUGCUCUUUAGAGGACAGCAUAAGCCAUGUUCCCACUCCCUCCUCUCCCUGUGAAACCCCUCCUGUAGCCUUGAGGAAAUCUAUUUCCGUGUCCGAAGCGGAGGCCUCAUCACAACCAUGGCAUUUCCUAGACCUGCUGGCCAGCUCACAGAGCCGGCGACUGGACGAGCAGAGGAGCAGUGUGGACAGUCUUCCGGGUCUCCGGCUGAACCAGCGCCGCAGCCAGGAUGUUCUCAGCAAACUCAUGGCCUCUGCUGAUGGCAAGGAGACAGAUGAAGACUUCUUUGAUAUACUAAUUAAGUGCCAGGGAUCCAGACUAGAUGAUCAGAGGUGUGCUCCACCACCUCCCCCAACCAGAGGCCCCACAGUCCCAGACGAAGACUUCUUCAGUCUCAUCCUUCGCUCCCAGGCCAAACGAAUUGAUGAGCAGCGAGUUAUCUUACCAUCAGAAACAACACCUCUUCAGUCCUGACUGAUCUUCUCUUUAAAAGCCUGGCUGGGACAGAGUCUCCAUGAGACAAAAAAUGAAGUUUUAGGAAUUUGCAGCCUCGUUGAAGUCUCCUUGAGUCUUACCCAUGAACUUGUGCCUUGUUUCAGCACACUGACAGUCAGACUCUACAAGGUUUUUCCCUUUUUGCUCAAUAUGAAGAAUUUUCAUAGGAGGAGAUACAUGAAGUUCAAUAAUUUACUUUUAAUUUAGUCAUAGAUUUAGCUCAAGAUUCCUACAACCAUACUCUAAACUGGAUUUACAUGUGUCUGUGCAGAAUAGAGAGAAGUUUCUUCUGGAUCAGACUGAAACCACAAUCUCUUCCUCAGGGAUGCAAUAUGAUGCACUGAAAUGCAUUUCAUUCACCUGGAUAACUGGAUGGAUUUUGGACAUAAUGAGCUGAUACUGGACUUCAAUAUCAGACUCUAUUUUAUAUAUUUGUAACCCUAAACUUUGUAUCAUUUCUUGGGAUUAGGCUUUUUUUUUUUUUUUUUUCUGCUUGACUUAAAAUGUGUUUUGUAUGAUCUUUUAAUACCAGCAAAUCAAUGUUGUAUAUUAAUGUUUUUGAUGUUUUAGAAACCAACAACAAGCUGUCUUCAAAAGUCUGUAGGUUGUAUGUGAAAAGAAAAUAAUUUGUUCUCAAAAAAAGAAAGGACAUAAGACUUUCUUAAUUUUAAAGCUUAAGUACAGUUGAAGUCAGAAGUUUGCAUACACUUAGGUUGAAGUCAUUAAAAUUAAUUUUUUAACCACUCCACAGAUUUAAUAUUAUCAAACUAUAGUUUUGGCAAGUCGUUUAGGACAUCUACUUUGUGCAUGACACAAGUCAGUUUUCCAGCAAUUGUUUACAGACAGACUGUUUCACUUUUAAUUGACUAUCACAAUUCCAGUGGGUCAGAAGUUUACAUACAGUAAGUUAACUGUGCCUUCAAGCAGCUUGGAAAAUUCCAGAAAAUGAUGUCAAGCCUUUAGGCAAUUAGCCAACUAGCUUCUGAUAGGAAUUGGAGGCGAACCUGUGGAUGUAUUUUAAGGCCUACCUUUAAACUCAGUGCCUCUGCUUGACAUCAUGGGAAAAUCAAAAGAAAUCAGCCAAGACCUCAGAAAAAAAUUGUGGACCUCCACAAGUCUGGUUCAUCCUUGGGAGCAAUUUCCAAAUGCCUGAAGGUACCACGUUCAUCUGUUCAAACAAUAGUACGCAAGUAUAAACCCCAUGGGUCCAUGCAGCCGUCAUACUGCUCAGGAAGGAGACUCAUUCUGUCUCCUAGAAAUGAACGUAGUUUGGUGCAAAAAGUGCAAAUCAAUCCCAGAACAACAGCAAAGGACCUUGUGAAGAUGCUGGAGGAAACAGGUAGACAAGUAUGUAUAUCCACAGUAAAAGGAGUCAUAUAUCGACAUAACCUGAAAGGUUGCUCAGCAAGGAAGAAGUCACUGCUCCAAAACUGCCAUAAAAAAGCCAGACUACAGUUUGCAAGUGCACAUGGGGACAAAGAUCUUACUUUUUGGAGAUAUUUCCUCUGGUCUGAUAAAACAAAAAUUGAACUUUUUGACCAUAAUGACCAUCGUUAUGUUUGGAGGAAAAAGGGUGAGGCUUGUAAGCCGAAGAACACCAUCCCAGCCGUGAAGUAUGGGGGUGGAAGCAUCAUGUUGUGGGGGUGCUUUGCUGCAGGAGGGACUGGUGCACUUCACAAAAUAGAUGGCAUCAUGAGGAAGGGAAAUUAUGUAUUGAAGCAACAUCUCAAGACAUCAGCCAGGAAGUUAAAGCUCGGUCGAAAAUGGGUCUUCAAAAUGGACAAUGACCCCAAGCAUACCACCAAAUUUGUGGCAAAAUGGAUUAAGGACAAAAAAAUCAAGAUAUUGGAGUGGCCAUCACAAAGCCCUGACCUCAAUCCGAUAGAAAAUUUGUGGGCAGAACUGAAAAAGCGUGUGCAAGCAAGUAGGCCUACAAACCUGACUCGGUUACACCAGUUCUGUCUGGAGGAAUGGGACAAAAUUCCAGCAACUUAUUGUGAGAAGCUUGUGGAAGGUUACUCAAAAUGUUUGACCCAAGUCAAACAAUUGAAAGGCAAUGCUACCAAAUACUAACACAGUGUAUGUAAACAUUCCCAUUGGGAAUGUGAUGAAAGAAAUAAAAGCUGAAAUAAAUCAUUCUCCCUACUAUUAUUCUGACAUUUCAAAUUCUUAAAAUAAAGUAGUGAUCCUAAUUGA